AUGAGCUUAGGCGUGUUGCGCGGUAUGUUUGUUAGUGCCGUGACGAUAGCGGUGGCUUGGGCGACCUCCGCAACAGCACGUUACGCUGACUACUCUGGCGCUCGCAUGCCCUUCUACCAUGAAGACUAUCCCAACAGGGACUCCUUACCUCGUGAUGAUUAUCCUGAGCGGUCACCCGAUGCUUCUGUGCCUUUAGAUUAUAAAUAUGAAGAGCCAUCUAGCGGAAUAUAUGAGGGACAAACUGAAAACAGUGUUGGAGAAAACGACGCAUGGCAAAUCGAAAGAAAGAACAACCGACUCAUAGAUGAAGAAGAGGAUUACAAUCAUGAUAUAGAUAAGUAUUCUGAAGAGCGAGAGAUUAAGUCUAAUCACCGUGUAGAAGACACACCGUCCACAAAAGGAAAAAAGUUAAAGAAAGUAGAUAAUAACUUGUCUCAUCAAGGACGUCAACGAUUUACCAACUCUAAAAGUAGAUCACGUUAUUGGGACCAAGUGGAGGAUAACAGAGAUAUUGAAACAAGAAAUAAAAUAGAUAUUAGAAACAAGUUUAGGCCCAGAGUAGAAGUAAGGCGGACGGGAAGAAGAAAACCCCGUGAGAGAGAAGAUGUGACUAGAGAAGCUAUCUUCGAAGCAGACCGAAAUUUUGAGUCGGGUGAAAGCAGUGAGGAUGAGGCUCUUUCACUUCAAGGUGUACGAAGACGGGUGGGUAAUGAAAGAAGAAAAGACGAUAUCAGUUUUAUUCCUCAUCGUGAUUUGGGAUCUAUGGCAAACAAAAACUACCCCAACUACGAAGAAUAUUAUGAUAUGAAGAGAGCCCUUAACAUAAGAAAUAACCUGCUUCCAAAUCCUCGAACUAAAGUAAGUGAAACACCGAUGCCGUUAUCAGUUCGACCUCUUGAGAAUUGGUUCCGUCGAGCCAAUAUCCCAGAUGCGUCAGAUGAACGAGCUACGCUAUCAGAAUCUACAUCAUCGCUUCUGCAAACCACUACCACAUCCGCCGAUACUACAACUCUCUCAACAGUUAUUAGUAGUUUAAAGACAACAGUGCACGUCCAGAAUUCCUCUGAUUUAUCACUGGCAGAAAAAUCAAGACUGUCCAUAUUAAAAAAGGCUCAGAGAAAGGAAAGUAUAGGUGGUAACACCCUGACAACAAAGCCGCCUGUUCUGAUGCAAGUAACAGACCGAUUGCAAACAGUUGUAAUGGUGGAAUCCCCAGGGUCUCAAUUGCAGCGAAUGCAGGCAAGAGAAAUAUCUGAUGACUCGCCUGAUCGUAUUGGCCGCGCCAAACGUCUCAUGCGCCACAAACUUCUAUCCAAUGCUAAGAAUAUUCAUGAAUUAACUAACAACUGGGAUGAACUGGUCUGCGAUUAUAUUGAUGUGUCACUUCUGAACAAAACCGCAAGAUUGUCUUUUCAAUAUGAAAUUAAACUCAAGUAUCUUCAAGUACAACAAGUGUGGCGGAGCGCGAACUGUCGGCGGUUCUGA